GCGUCUUCUUCCACAACCUAAGGUAGUACAUACUCAGAAACAUAUUCAUCCCUUGCGAGCUAACGUGUACCUCCAGAUGUCUCGUUUUCCCCAUACUGCAUUACACUUGGGUUCCUCACGAUCCGUUGUGAUCUCGGGCCCGCAUAUUCAGGUGAUCGACCCAAAAACUGGCAACGUAGUACACUCAACGGCUGAUGUAGAGGAGAUGGAGAAGGAAGCUAUCAUCAAAUCUGGGCCUGUCAGGUGUUCUACGGUCGACCAGGGCCUUUCAAUUCUUGUAACUGCAGGAGAGGAUAAGAAAUUGAAAGUGUGGCAGCUUGAGGGACUAAAGUUGCUCAGUGAAAGAGAGUUGCCGAAGAAGCCUACCAACAUUCGGUUAACUCGUGAUGCAAAACAUAUUCUCGUAUCCGACAAAUUCGGCGAUAUCUUCAGUUACCCAGUUACUCCUGAUGAAUCUAGCCCUGCGAACCCAAGUAUUCCAAUUGCAGGAACAUCAAAACGAGGGUCCCUAACCUCGCACGAAAACCCUUCCAAUGGAACGUUAAUUCUGGGACACACUUCCUUGCUUACAUCUUUCUUAUUAACUGAAGACGAGAAGUUUGUGAUUUCGGCGGACAGAGAUGAGCAUAUCCGUGUGAGCUGGUAUCCGCAAGGGUACGUUAUUGAAAGAUAUUGCCUCGGACACAAAAAGUUUAUUUCUGCCAUCAAUAUUCCUCGCUUCGCCCCUACUGUUCUCAUUUCGGGUGGUGGAGAUCCCGAGCUCAGACUGUGGGACUGGCUGUCCGGAAAGCACCUUGGUGAUAUCCCUGUACUCUCAGUCGUGGAGUCAUUUAUCAAAACGAAACCUCCUUCUGGACAUCAUGACGAUGGCGAAGGUGGCGACGAGAAGCCAGGAAGACGUCAAGGGAAGGGCAAGAAAGGGAAGGGCAAGGAUAAAGAGAAAAACCAAACACCACAUGCUGGGGAUGCCAAUGCUGGUGAGAGCGCGAAGGAAGAACAAGGAGAUGAUACAGGGGACAUCGUCAUGGAAGAGGACUCACGCGAUCCAGCAACCCCAUUGGUAGCAGAAGGUGCUGAUGCAAGCUCGUCUGCUGCUGCUCAAAAGACGUCGGACCAGACCAUUUUUGUUCUGCAUAGAUUAGAAACUGUUGACUUGAAUGAGAAUGGACGUUUCAUUGUCUUCAGUGCUAUUGGUGCAAGCGCUUUGUUCUAUACGACAUUCCCUUCAGAUCCUUCAUCCUUUGCCGCAAGCGAGGUUUUCGCACUUGAUCUUGUGAAACCCGUCAUCGACUUCACCGUUGCGGAAGAUAACAAAAUUUGGGUACUCCUUGACUCCGAAUUCCAGCCUUCGGAACAGAGGGCCGAUACGUUCGGCCGGGCUUCUUCAGCAGUAUCGGUCCUCAUUUGGAUUGGCAACAAGCUGGACAUUUCAGACGGUGCCGAGAACCCUCUUCUUUCCACCAUUAACUCAAAAUGCCUCAUCUCCGCCACACAAGCGGACCUAACAAUACUCGACCUAUAUGCUCACCUCGCCUCCAUGCCAAAACAAGUGGAUUUGGAACAUGACUCAAUGCAACGUGAGGACCUGUCCGAAAUUGCAUCUACACCUGGAGAUAAGGGCAAGCAACUCACACAGCGCGAACUUGGUCGAUUGAAGAAUAAGAAGGCGCUAUUGAAGAAGAUCCAAGAGAAGCAGGCGAAGUCGCAGACACCAGAGAACAUUACUGCAGCGGAUGAUGUCUUUUUGACUGGGCGGGAGAGUAAGAAGAAGAAAUCGGAUGAACCAGGGGGUAGUGAUUCGGUGAUGACUGAGGCGUGAGGUCAUUUUGGGCAGGUGGAAUUCGGCUUCUGCAUGCUCAAUUCAAAACAAUGUAUACAAUAUGUAGGCUGUGACAUCCUGUGAUCAAAAUCCCUAGUAACCCAGUCCGUGGUGGCUUGUGAAGUUAGGUAUAA